AAUAUCUCUCGAUAAUAACAUCGUGAAACAUUUUCCGCUGUAGACGUAGUUUUAAUCUUAUUGUUAGAUCAAUGGUCUGUUUAGAUAUAGUUUUACUCCUAGGAUCACAGAGGCUAACCUCUACUGUAACUGAUGCGUGUAAUUACAAAUGAAACAUGGGAGGUCAUGAGCAUCAUAAGGGUCCACCGUACCCAAUACCCAGUCCUGAUAUUUAUAAAGUGGACGAUGUGCCGGAACUGAAACGCGUUCAAGAGCAGUUAGCCAAGAAGGGACUAAGGGAUCCAUGGCUGAGAAAUCAGGUGUGGCGCUACACGGCCGUUAGGAAGCCCGGCGAGUCAUCGUUUAUGCGCGGCUUUUCAGUCAUAAUCAGAGGCUGGCGAUUUGCUGUGCCAGCGUUCCUGAUAACCAUAGCCGUCGAAAAAUACUUUGGGAUUGAUUACUCUGGUCAUGGACAUCAUCAUGAAGAUGAUCACCAUUAAUGUUCGCUUUAGAUAUUAACGUGGCAUAAGGAAGUUGGAAAUAGUAGAUUGUAAAGGUAUCCAGAGAGAGAUAAGCUACGAAAAUAAAUUACAAAAGUAGCAACU